AUGGUUCGACAAACUCGCGCCUCGACGCGUCACAACGAUUCGAGCGACGCUGGAAAUGCGAGCCCUAGGACUCAAGAAACUCGUCGUUCGCACAAGAAAUCUCGGAAUGGUUGCGCGGAAUGCAAACGCCGUCACAUCCGCUGCGACGAGCGCCAGCCCUCGUGUGCGAACUGCGAAGUCGCAGAGCGCGCGUGCUUCUUCCCACCGCCAAAGUGCGCACAGCUACCCUCACAGCCUCUUCAUCAACAAGACAAUUACUCCGAAGUCACACAUGCACCAGACCAACCGUCUUAUUGUUUGCCAUCGAGGCAAGUAGACGUGCCGGCCGUGGUCGGCCUCGACAUCAAUUCUCACCAGACUCUAUCUGGGGCUUCACCCAUGCUGCUGAGCGGCAUUCACGCUCCUCCAUCUCUGGACUGUCAUGCCGCCUUAGCAAUACUAGGUACGCCAAACGUCCCCUCGGAAGCGAUCUACACACCACAGCACAUGAUUCCGCUCCACCAUGCAAGCUCAGUCCCAAACUUCACUGGCCCAGCCCGGAGCGCCGUCGACAUUGCCGUCCGCCGCGCCGUCGACUCGCCCUACCUUCUCGACGAGGUCCUCGCCUUCACAGCUUUUCACAUGAUCCAUCUCUAUCCUGGCUCAGCCGCCCAUCUCCGACAUCUUGCCACAGAGCUCCAAAACCGAGCUCUCUCUUCCUUUACGCGUCUCACAGAGACUGUGCCCAAGGACGACAAAGCUACCGCCGUCCCUCGGUUCCUCUUCUCCGCCAUUCUAGGGAGACAUGUUCUCGCCGAUACCCUCGCUCACUAUCGAUCCGACUUCAAGUCCUUUAUCGACCGCCUGGUCGAAUGCUUCAAUCUCAACCGCGGCGUCACCUCCGUCACCCCGCCUGCCCGGAACUAUCUACAAAACACCGAGAUCUCGCCCUUCCUCAAUAUCAUCCUCGAGGCUGCAAAGAAAAUGGGUCCUACGGGUGACGAGUGUGGGCCCCUGAGACGCCUCCUGGAUGACUCUGACUUCAGUGAAGCGAGCAUAGGAGCGUGUCGCGAAGUCAUUGAGCUUUUGCAGUGGUGCUUUGACAUUUGCCGCGUCCUCGACGAAGAGGACUUCUCCCAAGCCGCCUCGACGUUCUCGGUCAAGGUUCCAGUUGGCUUUGUUGACAUGCUGCGGAAGCAUCGUCCCGAGGCCCUCAUCAUUCUCGCUCACUACGGCGUUUUACUGCACCACUGUCGCGGCUUUUGGCCAUUUGCCGACGCUGGCGCCUUCAUCAUCCGCGCUAUUGCCAGGCAUUUGGGUAGUUACUGGCAAGAUGCACUCGCAUGGCCGCUUGAUGUGCUUGAAACGGAGGUCAGUUGUGUGCCCUAG